AGCCGAGGCGUAAGCCUAGCGCCAGCUCAGAAGCGCACAAGCAUGGAGGGGCGCGCGAACUCCCGGGGCGAGCCCCGCGCCUGGCCCGCUGGGCCCGUGCUGUGCCGCGGCUGCGUGGAGCCGCUCAUCUUCCUUGCCAACUUCGCCUUGGUCCUGCAGGGCCCGGUCACCACGCAGUACCUGUGGCACCGCUUCAGUGCCGACCUUGGCUACAACGGCACUCGUGACAGAGGCAGCUGCACCAACCAUAGCGUGGACCCCACCGCGCAGGAAGUGGAGACGCUUACCUCCCACUGGACCCUCUACAUGAACAUGGGUGGCUUCCUGGUGGGACUCUUUUCGUCCACCCUGCUGGGUGCCUGGAGUGACUGUGUGGGCCGCCGCCCGCUGCUGGCGCUGGCCUCCCUCGGCCUGCUGCUCCAGACCGUGCUGUCCAUCUUUGUGGUACAGCUGCAGCUCCACGUUGGCUACUUCGUGCUGGGCCGCAUUCUUUGUGCCCUCCUCGGUGAUUUCAGUGGCCUCCUGGCUGCUGGCUUUGCCUCCGUAGCAGAUGUCAGCUCCAGCCACACCCGUACCAUCCGAAUGGCCCUGCUGGAAGCGUGCAUCGGGGUGGCAGGGAUGCUGGCGAGUCUUAUUGGUGGCAACUGGCUCCAGGAGCAGGGUUAUGCCAACCCCUUCUGGUUGGCCUUGGCCUUGCUGAUUGCCAUGACUCUCUAUGCAGCAUUCUGCUUUGGUGAGACAGUGAAAGAGCCGACACCUGCCCGGCUCUUCACACUCCGUCACCACCGAUCCAUCGUCCAGCUCUAUGUGACCCAGGCCCCGGAGAAGUCCAGGAAGCACUUAGCCCUGUACUCGUUGGCCAUCUUCGUGGUGAUCACUGUGCACCUUGGGGUCCAGGACAUCCUGACCCUCUAUGAGCUGAGCACACCCCUCUGCUGGGACUCUAGGCUGAUUGGCUACGGUUCUGCAGCUCAGCACCUCCCAUACCUCACCAGCCUGCUGGGCCUGAGGCUUCUGCAGUACUGCCUGGCCGACACCUGGGUGGCUGAGAUCGGUCUGGCCUUCAACAUCAUGGGGAUGGUGGUCUUUGCAUUUGCUACCAUCACACCCCUCAUGUUCACAGGGUACGGGCUCCUCUUCCUGUCGUUGGUCGUCACGCCUAUCAUCCGGGCCAAGCUCUCCAGGCUGGUGAGAGAGUCAGAGCAGGGCGCUCUCUUUUCUGCUGUGGCCUGUGUGAAUGGCUUGGCCAUGCUGACAGCCUCCGGCAUCUUCAACUCGCUCUACCCAGCCACCCUGAACUUCAUGAAGGGCUUCCCUUUCCUCCUGGGAGCUGGCCUCCUCUUCAUCCCGGCCGUCCUGAUUGGGAUACUGGAAAGGGCUAAUCAUUGCCCUGAAUUCCAGCAGUUUUCCCAGAGCCCCUGAUCUGCCUGGACCAGAGGACAGGGGGCGAGAGGAGCAACGUGAGCGCUAACCAGCUGGAAGUACAUGCCUCUGGAUCCCAGUCCUCAGCAGCAGCGGCAGCUCCCCUCAAAGGGCAGCGUUCACCUUGGACCAGGUGGUCCAAGCUAGACCAAGGCCCCCACCUCAUCCACACCGUGCCUGCCUGUGAUUCUAGCAUGUGGAAUUGUAACCCAGACAGUCCCACUCAGGGCAGGCGGUGUGGGAGCCAUUUGGAACAGGGAUCUGUUUACCCUUUAGUUCAUCAAUCACAUAGAACCCUCCAGGGGAGAGGAGAGGUCCUGCUGGAGGGACCAGUUGAAGCAUGAGGGUAGCACCUCUGCUUCCAGCCCAAACUGUGCAGCUCACAGUGCUCAGUUCAUGGCCAAGCAGCUACCAGUCACUCCUUAGUGAUGAAUCCGGUACCACUGGUCAGUGCCAGCUUUGGGGGGAGGGAGGGUUG